UGGCAAUGCAAGUGGCUUUGGUCAAUUUUAUCAAGCAUUGAGAGAAAUACAGAGCGUUUUGAAUAUUUUUGGACUAUCUAUAAAGGUUCAGCGGGUUCGCUGUAACUAAAGCCAUCAUGGAUAUCCCCAACCCCCCUGAAGAUCAAGAACUGAGGAAUGUGAUCGACAAGUUGGCCCAGUUUGUCGCUCGGAAUGGGCCAGAAUUUGAAAAGAUGACAAUGGAGAAGCAGAAGGACAACCCAAAGUUCUCCUUCCUCUUUGGAGGAGAAUACUUCAGCUACUACAAGUGCAAGCUUGCUAUGGAGCACCAGCAGCAUCCCUCUACCCACGAUGGUGAGGAGUAUAAAUCUGAAGACAUGUACAACCCAGGUGCCAAAGACGUGGUUGAUAUGCCUCCACCGAUGCAGAGGAUUGCUCCACCUCCAAUUGCUCCACCUGCUACGCCCUCUAUUGAUGAGCUCAUCCAACAGAGCCAGUGGAAUCUGCAGCAGCAGGAGCAGCAUAUGCACACUCUGAGACAGGAACAGGUGACUGCAGCCAUAGCUCUGGCUACGGAGCAGCAGACCCAAAAACUGCUGCUGGAAACUCAGUUGGACAUCACCGAGUUUGACAACCUGCUGCAGCCUAUUAUAGACACCUGUACCAAAGAUGCCAUCUCUGCUGGGAAGAACUGGAUGUUCAACAAUGCCAAGUCUCCACCGCACUGUGAACUGAUGACAUCACAUCUUCGCAACCGCAUUGCUGCUGAUGGAGCACAUUUUGAGCUCCGCCUACAUCUCAUCUAUUUAACCAAUGACGUUCUCCACCACUGCCAGCGGAAACAGCAGAAGGAUUUGCUGGCGGCGCUGCAGAAGGUUGUGGUCCCCAUCUACUGUACAAGCUUCCUGGCUGUGGAGGAGGAGAAGCAGCAGAAGAUCACCAGGCUGUUGCAGCUAUGGGAGAAGAAUGGCUAUUUUAAUGACGAGACAAUUCAGCAGCUCCAGAAUCCAGCACUGGGCCUCGGCCAGUACCAGGCAUCUCUGAUAACGGAGUAUGCUGCGGUGGUGCAGCCCAUCCAGCUGGCAUUCCAGCAGCAGAUUCAGGCUUUGAAGACCCAGCAUGAAGAGUUUGUCGCCAGCCUGAAGCAGCAGCAUCAACAGCCUCAGCCUCAGUCCCAGUCCCAGUCCCAGCCGCAGCCACAGCCACAGCCACAGCCUGCCCCUGUAGCACAACUGCCAAUCCCUGCAGAGCCUGAAAAGGCUCCUCCUAUGACUACACAAGCUGGCGAUGUUAAGCCUGCCAUGCCAGGUCCUCCUCCAGGGGAGUUUGAUGGAGCUUCAUCAAGACCUCCAGACCCCAGCAACCCCAGCGGACCCUCAGAUAUCCCCUCCAACAAGCCUGGUUGGUAUGACCCCCAGCACAUGGGUCCCUGGAACCCCAACCAGCCGCCUCCUUUUGACCCAAACCAGCCUCCCCCUCCUUGUCCUCCCUGGACCAGCCAUGAAGGGAUUUGGAAUGAUCAGAGGGACCCAGGGAACUGGAGCGGAGGUCCGCCCAGAGAAGGAGGCCCCUGGAGCGGUCCAGGUGGGUCUGACCAAGGGCCCCCCUCUUGGAACUCUAACUAUGAACAGCAGCCGCCGUGGGGGAACCAGCCUGACCAGCCUCCCUGGGGCCAGAGGGAGCCCCCAUUUCCUCCACGCAUGCAGAGACCUCCCCAUUUCAGAGGGCCCUUCCCUCCCCACCAGCAGCCACCUCCUUUCAACCAGCCCCCCCCACCACCACACAACUUUGGACGCUUCCCACCACGCUUCAUGCAGGACGACUUUCCUCCAAGACACCAUUACGACAGGCCACCGUACACCCCACACCGCUUUGACUACGCUCAGGGAGAUUAUCCUGGAGGUGAGUGCAGAGACAUGCCAGGUCCUCCUCCUCCUCCUCCUCCCCACCAUCAUCCCAAUCAGAGGCUCCCUCCCCCAGGUAUGGGGGCUGAUCAUCCUCCCUGGGGUGGUGGCGGUGGCGGUGGCGGCGGCGGUGGCGGCGGCGGCGGCGGCGGCCAACACCCAGAUUUUGGCCCACCUCCUCAUGGCUUCAACGGCCAUUCACCCCACAUUCGUCAUAGGCAGCAUCCUGUCCAAGAUGACCCCAGUCUGGUGCCUAAUGUACCCUACUUUGACCUGCCAGCUGGUCUCAUGGCUCCACUGGUCAAACUUGAGGACUAUGAUUAUAAACCUCUGGAUCCUAAAGACAUCCGGCUGCCUCCUCCCAUGCCACCUAGUGAUCGGUUGCUAGCUGCUGUGGAAGCUUUCUACAGCCCUCCAUCCCACGAUCGACCCCGCAACAGUGAAGGCUGGGAACAGAAUGGCCUGUAUGAGUUCUUCAGGGCCAAGAUGAGAGCAAGAAGGAAAAAGGGACAAGAGAAACGCAACAGUGGACGUGGAGGCAGUCGCUCCAGAAGUCGCUCUCACAGCAGAGGGAGGUCUUCAUCUCGCUCCAGCUCUCGUUCGUCCAAGUCCUCCAGGUCACGCUCACGCUCGUCUCGCUCCCGCAGCCGCUCACGCUCCUACUCACGAUCCAGGUCCAGGAGUAGAUCCAGGUCAUCUCGGAGUCACUCUCGCUCCAGAUCCAGAUCUCGUUCUCGGUCACCCGGAAAGAGACACCGCGGUGCUAAAUCCAGGAGCUCCUCCCCUCCCCCCAUGCCAGUGUUGGGCGCUACUCCCUCCAAACUGCCUGCAGAAAACAGGCUAGGAGAGGAGAACAAGGGCCAUCAGCUGCUGAUGAAGAUGGGCUGGAGUGGUUCAGGAGGGUUGGGGGCAAAAGAACAAGGCAUCCAGGACCCCAUCAAAGGAGGUGACAUCAGGGAUAAAUGGGACCAGUAUAAAGGAGUCGGGGUGUCACUUGACGACCCCUAUGAGAACUACCGCAGGAACAAGAGCUACAACUUUGUUGCCCGCAUGAAGGCGCGGGAGGAAGUCAAUCGGGAACCCCAGGAGGCCCCACCAACCGAAUGAUGUCAUCAAACGCAAUCAAAGAACCUCCCCAUCUGCCCCACCGCCACCUCCAUCACGGAUCUGACUCUCACUGUCAAUAUUCCAUCCAGGAUUCUUGUCAGAAGUCUUCUUCAUUCCUCAGAAACCAGAGUGAUGAUACAAAGUAGCACCACACUAGAUGAAGAAGCACAGACUCUUCUGCUCUCAGCAGCUGCAAAAAGCGUCAGCACCAACACAACAAAAACCACAGAACUCAGCAGUCUUUACUGGAACACUGCAACUACAGUGUAACUGAUCUCAUAUUUCACUUCCAGUGUUUCUGAUUUUAAAAGAUUUUUUUAAUCAGACGCAUUUCUGACAGCUGCAGGAAAAGAGCUAGGCAGAGAUUUGAUUCACGCACACGUGAACUGUUCAAUUAUUUUAAAGUGGGAUGUACACAGUUAAAUGGGUUCCUCUCUCUAGUUGUUUGGUUUAAGUUUCAGUUUCACCCAAAAAAUAAAACAAUAUUUUCUCAUUUAUCCCUCAUGUUAUGCACCAUAUAGAUGUGUUCAGUUUAAUAUGCUGGGAGACAAAAAUAAUUUCAGUUUUGCAAAUGUAUUUAAAAGACUCAACAGCAAUGUUUGUUUACAAGAAUAAUGUCCUACUUACUAAUUCAUAGAUGUUAAUAUGGAACUAUUUUCUGCUGAAUAAAUAGCAUAAAAUAGUGCUCACUGUGGAUAGUGUCGGUAAUCUCAUUAGUGGAGAUCUCCAAAAUUCUGCAUCAAAACUGAAGAUAUUUAUAUGGCUAGAUAUCACUGGGAGAAUGUGUAAAUAUGAAGACAUUUUGGUUUCUUGUGUAAGUUGAUGCUCGAAGACAAAAUGUAGAAUAAGAAUGUGAGACGGCUCCUUGAUCUUUUGAAUCUUUUUCACUGCUGAAUAUUGUGAUACUUUUUCAUGUAAUUACUUCCUGAACUGAGUUAUGAAAGUCUGUCAUGUAGUUGUAGUAUUAAAAUAAAUCUCACAGAACAAAAAAAUCAGAAUAUGA